CUGGGCGACUGUGGGCAUGUCAAGAACCACUAAAAGCAACUUGGCAGCUGGCUAAACAGCCCUGACUAACCCAAAACAACAGGCCGACUACACUAUAUAUACCCGACGUCGGACCACUGUGAACUGCAAUACUUACCCGAAUCUUAUCUAUCUCCCAAUUGUCCAUUAUCGCCCCGCCUCCAAAUAUACGAUUCUUCAGCCGUUAUGUACAGAAGUGUCAACAACAGCGACCAGAACGGUCCUGCCGCGACCGCACCGCCAGCUGGCGGAUACCAGCCCUCUCCCGCAGGUAGUGGGGGCCGCUCGAGACCCGGGACUGGGCCUGUUGGGAGAGGACAUGACCCGCUGACGAGACCGAUACCCAAAUUGAAACCGAAGGGGGACUAUAGCGAGUGUGCUUGUGGGUCAGUGACAGAAUAUCCAUGUGAUUUUUGGAACGAGCUGACUGACGAGUGAUCACUUUCCUAGGACGAAAUAUGGCUUUUGGAGGAAGAAAACAAACUGCCAUUAUUGUGGGGAUGGUGGUCAAAUGCCCAUCGUGCGUUAACGAUCAGAAGCUCUUGCUCCCGCAAUUCGGGGAAUUCAACCCCGUGCAUGUCUGCACAUACUGCGUCUUUUUCGUCACGACCGGCCAGAUGUCUGAAGUGGAACUCUAUAAACUUCCCACGAAAGACUUACAAAAGUACAUCAAGGCGUAUAACCUUAAAGGCGAUGGGCUGCUAGAGAAGAGUGAGCUCGUGAAGCUCAUAGCAAAUACAGUCAUCGGGGCGGCCGAAGAAAAGGCGUUCCGGGCACAGGUGAACUACGCCCCUGUGGAUAAGAAGAAGGAGGGACGAAAUGAGGAUGCGGGGGAAUACCCAGGGGCACGGGCAGGGUCGAGUCGUGGCUCGAGCGCAGCCGGACGCCGGAAUAGGAAUGAGGAGGCUACUCCGGAGAGAGGAGAACGCGAGCGGCGUGAAAGGAGGGAGACUGAGGCGCGGGCUCGAGCACGAACGGAUGCGGAUAUCGUUGAGGAGAGGGCCAGGAGGGCGAGACGGGAAGCAGAAGCGGUGCAUGAACGGGCGCGGUCGGAAGCGAGGCGGGCGAGACCUCGACCUCCAUCGAGUUCGCCUCCUCAUUAUCCAUACACCGGGGCUGCUGCCCCGCCGCCGCCACCACCCGGUAUGCCUCCAGGCUAUGCCGGUAUGCCAGGCUCCGAAUAUCUUCCGGCCGGCGUUGCGGAGCUGUUGGCGCAGAUGACCGGGCAGUUUACCUCCCAUCCUGGACCAACCCCGAAUGGAGAGUCAUAUACCUACACUACUACAAACACGAAUACCUCACAUAAUGGCAUGCCGUACUCGAGCGCGAACACUGCACAGAGCGGGAUGCCGAGCUGGAUGGGUGGUGUCCCGCCGAUGCCUAACCAUCCGGGCCAGCCGCAACAGCAACGUGCUUCGCCAUCCACCCACGCCCCACGACCACAGCAGCCUCAGCAACAGCAAAACCGCCCAUCACAACCACGCCCAGCGGCAAUCCCACCGCCCCCAUCCCUCAAAUCACUCCUCGCGACCAAAACCGACCCAAGCACCCUCUCUGUGAAGACCCUCAAACAAAUCCUCGCCGAAAAUCUCGUCGACCAUGCCAACGUCCUCGAAAAAUCCGAGCUGGUAACGCGAGUGAAGCGGUUACUUGAUGCUGCGAAAGUGGAGGCUGAGAUACAGGCUGCCGCCGACGAGAGUUAUAAGAAUGCUGGUGGAGGGUCUACGGCCACGGGGGCAGGGCAGUCGGGUGGAAACGAUUUGGAAUCGAUGCUGUGCAAGAUUUGCUGUGAUAAGGUGGUUAAUUGCGUCUUUUUGGAGUGUGGGCAUCUUGUUACUUGCAUGGAUUGCGGAAAGCUUCUUGAACAGACCUCGCGGGAAUGUCCCAUUUGUCGCGAACGGAUCUCCAGGAUUGUUCGUACCUUCAACGCUUGACGAGCUACAUAUACAGUAUGUCUGAUAAUGCCGUUGCAAGCAGUUUGGAAUAGGCAGAUUUAUAGUAGUUCUUUUUGGCGUGGUAUACAGUAGAACCCAUUUUGCAAAGUAUGAGUGAUCCCAGACACGUUUGGCAAUGAACUAUUGGCCUGGCU